GCCCAUUUCCUGUUGCCUUUGUAUUAAUAAGGAUUUGAAGCCAACGUUCCAAAUACAUAAAAGGCUCCUGGUCCCUGAGGUUGUUGCCAUAUCCAUUUAUCUGCAGAGUGAAAAUGUCACAAUGAAGCUUACUUGUAGAAUCACUGUGACUUUGGCACCAUUGCUCUUUUCUUGCUAUUUGUGGGAGGGCGCUUACUGUUCGACGAGUCCAGUGCCACUGCGGAAAACUAGUGAAACCAUUUCAGUGUCUAAUGGAGGACGAUGGGGAAAAUGGGGACGAGCAGAAUUCUGUUCCAAAGGUGCUUAUGCCAUUGGGUUUAAACUGAAGGUUCAGUCCUACUAUUAUAAAGAUCGCACAACUUUAAAUGCAAUUCGGCUGAGUUGCAGUGAUGGCCAUCAUAUUACAUCUACAGAAGGAAAGAGCGGUGACUGGACGUUCUUCAAGUUUUGCAGUGGUAAGCAUCUAUUAAAGGAAUUCAAGCUCAGAGUCUCUAAACCCAAGAUGUUUGGUGAUGAUACAGCAGCCAACAACAUUGUAUUUAGGUGCACCAAUGGAAUUGUGCUGCAUGGAGAUGGGUACAACUGGGGUCAAGAGGGAAGAUGGAGCCAAUCCUGUAGAAAAGGCAUUUGUGGCCUGCAAACAAAGGUGCAUCAGCCAGAGUCUUUGGAUAGAUUGGACACUACUGGACUCAAUGAUGUUCGUUUUUUCUGCUGUGAAGAUUAAAUAUUUGCUUCUUCCCAACUCCUGGCACUUGGAUGUAUCUGUCUGUUGCCAACUGUCAAUUUUUAUACCUAUAAAUCAAUUAUUCAGUUAUUUGCACCACAGGGAAGCUUCAUGACCUGUCAAGGACCUGACACAAAAUCUCUAUUGAUGCAGUUGCUCACCAUUGCAUAGUCAAAUGGCAGUCCAUAGUCAUACACAGCAAGCAGUCUAACAAGGACAAAGUAUACAAAUAGUCCUGGGUUCUUUCCAAGGGUCAAUGCCAAGCAAGCUCACUAAUUCAGAUCAUAGUCCAAAACCAAGGCCAGUCACCAGAGUCAAAGUUCCACCCAUGAGUUCGCCAACCAAAAUCCAGGCUAUAGCAGUUCCUCAAACAUUGCUCCCAGCAAAGGAGCAGCUCCAGCCACCAGCUUUUUAUGCCACUUUUGAAAGCGCUCUCACCUGUUGGAUCUUCUCUGGGCCAACUGAUUAGAUCUUCUUAGUUGGAUGGCAUUAAUCCUUAAUUGCAGUCUAGCUGGAAUGCUUAUCUCCUGGUCUGCUUCCUGGUCCCAAUCCUGCCCUACCUCUGUGUUCCUACUUCCCUGAGACUCUUGGUCCUGCUCUGCAGGGAUAGGUUCCUCAGUGUCAGGCUACUACUCUCUGCUUGCCCUUGACUGAGAUGUUGGCCAAAGCAGCCCUUCAUCUUUAGGUCCUUCCUCACAGUUGAAUAAAAUCCCACAUUAUCUGCUUUGAACUGGAAUAUAUGGCAGUGUGGACUCAGAUAACACAGUGCAAAACAGAUAUUGUUGGACUUUCUGCCUUGAUAUUCUGGGUUAUAUGGCUGUGUGGAAGGGCCCUGAGUCUUCAUCACAAGCCCUGACAAUAACUGUCAGUGCCCAUAUCCCACAAGGGGACUUAGGGCCUUUCCAUACAGCCCUAUAUCACAGAAUAUCAAGGCAGAAAAUCCCACAAUAUCUGCUUUGAACUGGGUUAUCUGAGUCCACACUCAAUGUGGGAUUUUCUGCCUUGAUAUUCUGGGAUACAGGGCUGUGUGGAAGGGCCCCAGGUUUUGCCCACAGGCUGUUGUCUACAUCCAGGAUGUUGCUGCACCUUAAGAAUAUCAUAUAGCUCCACUUUCACUACUUUUUCUUAUGGGCAAGGAUAUAAAUUGGAUCCUGGUGACAAAGGCCCCUUCCACACAGCUGAAUACAAUCCCACAUUUUCUGAUAUGAACUGGAAUAUAAGGCAGUAUGGACUCAGAUAACCCAGUUCAAAGCAGAUAUUGUGGGAUUUUCUGCCUUGAUAUUCUGGAUUAUAUGGCUGUGUGGAAUGGCCCACAGACAACAGCAUAGGAAAUAGCAUGAAAGUAGGCUGACCUACAGCCCCCCCCCUCCCCAAAAUCUGAAGCUGCAUUCAAUCAGACCACAUUUCCUGAUUUCCUUUGUAAUUCUCCCAUGCUUUUAAUUAAAGUAACACGGAUAUCAGUUUUGUCAUAAUUCUGAAAGAAAUAAUAAAAGGUUUUUCAUAACUCUGAAGAACUGGAUCAAUGUAAUCCCUGUGUUUAGUUGCUAACCAUAUUACUGCAGUGCCAGAAGAUAGUUUUGAGGGCCUGGUUCAACUGCAUCACCUGUGGCUUGAUGAUAAGAACUUGACUGAAGUCUCUAUUAUUCUACUCAGCAAUCUUCUCUCCAAACAAACCUUAAUCUUGGCAGUCAACAAAAUAACUGAUCCCUGACUUUGUAUUUACAAAUCUCUCAAACCUUGUUACCCUGCAUUUCCAUAACAUUAAAAUAAAAACACCAGGACAUCACUGUUUUGAUUAAUUAAACAAUCUAGAAACUUUGGAUUUAAAUUAUAAUUACAAUUGAUCUGAUUUGAUCUGAUCUAUAAUUACAUGGUUGAAUUCCCUGAAGCAAUUAAAGUGCUUCCAAGACUGAAGAUAUUGGGGGUAUUCCAUUUAUAGGGAAUCAUUUAUAGGGAAUCCACUUCUAAGAAUUAUACACCUGUAUGAUAACCCAUUAUCCUUUGUUGGGAACUCAGAUUUUCAAAACUUGUCAGAUUUGCAUUCCCUAGUCAUCCGUGGAGCCGGCAUGGUACAAUAAUUUCCUAACUUGACAAGAACUAGCAAUCUGGAGAGUCUGACUUUUAUGGGCAUUAAAAUAAGCACCAAACCCAUUUAUUUAUUUAUUCACUUUGUUUUAUAUCCCACCCUCUCUCCCUCAUAGACUCAGAGUGGCUAACAAUUGGCAAUAAUUUGAUGCCGUUCAAACAUAAGGCAAUAUCAAUUCAGAAUUGAUUUGUGCCAAGAGCAAAAGAUACUUUGAACUUUGGAUUUGUCCUAUAACAAUAGAAAACAUAUUCCAAGUUUUAACGCCUGCAGUUAUUUGCAGCAUAACCAGGUAGAGGAUAUCAGAGAAGAUGCUUUCCAGGGACUAGCUUCUUUACAUACCCUUAAUCUCAUCAGAAAUUUGAUCCACCAGGUUUUACUAAACUUGGUGCUAUUACCAACCUGGAUUUAAGUUUCAAUGCAUUGGCUUCUUUUCUAACAGGAAGCUUGAGUAGGCUAAAUCAGAUAAAAUUACUAGACAAUACUGAACUGAAAGAGGCACUAUCUGCAAAGGACUUCAUGAAACUCAGAUCCCUAUCCAUUCCAUAUACUUAUCAGUGCUGUGCCUUCUGGUCUUGUGACUCAUAGAAUCAUAGAAUAGUAGAGUUGGAAGAGACCUCAUGGGCCAUCCAGUCCAACCCCCUGCCAAGAAGCAGGAAAUCGCAUUCAUAGCACCCCCGACAGAUGGCCAUCCAGCCUCUGUUUAAAAGCCUCCACCUAAACUAACACUGAAGAUUCCAGCCAUUAGAGUCAGAGUUAGUUGCAAAUGAUUAAGAUACAGAUGCUUUAAACAGUGAUGAAAAUGAAGAACUUGGUCAAACCAUAAUUCACUGUAUGCCCUCAACAGGCACUUUCAAACACAGUGAAUCCUUACUUCGAAGCUGGAUGAUUCGUUGUACUGACAUUUAUUUCUCUGGUUGCUUUGUUCUUUAACAUGCAUGUCAUAUUAACCAUAUUUGCUUCUUGUACUUCAUUGCCUUCAUCCAAACUGUUCACAGCUUUGAUGUCUGUAUCUAGCUUACUUAUGGGUCUCUACAGAGGUAUAUUAACUUUCCUGGGUGCAGUCUCCUGGAGGAGAUUUGCAGAAUAGGGUAUCUGAUGGGAGACAUCCAGUGGCUGUAAAGUUGCUGGGUUUUUGUCCAUUUUCUCUUUAGAAAGUACCAUUUUGUUUCUAAUGCUAGCUGUUAUUGAUCAGAGCUUAUUUGCAAAGGUUAUCCUUUUAAAAAAUAAAUAAAUAAAAGCAAUCAUCUAAAGCAGUAACUCUUGCUUUCCUCUGUGCAUUGGUAGUGGGGGUUUUGCCACUUUUACAUAAGGGAGAGUAUUCUGCAUCACCCCUUUGCCUGGCCUUUCCUACUGGAGAAAAUCCUUCCCUGGGAUUUCCAGUUACUUCUAUCAACUUAAGGCAAACACAGAGAGCAAGCCUACUUGAAUUUUCUUAAAUUCAUAAUUUCUCAGAUAUUAUGCUGAAUUACCUGGUGUGACGGCGCGAGUGGCGCCAUCUAUAUGUUGGAACUAUAAGUUUCAAGAUUUGAAUUGCUGUAUCAUGCCUGAUUUUGCCCUUACCCUGUAAAUGUAGUUGGAUUGGUUAUUUAUAUCUGUCAAUCAAUGUUGUUUGUACCUGUUAUAUUGCUCACUCAGCAAAACUGUUUGGCUCCACCUCUUCCUGGAGUAGGACUGUGUUUCCUCCUUUUCAUUCCAUCAGCAAGUUCUCUAUCGGAUGGACGUGAAAGAGAGGCUUGGCUCAAAAAGCCCUUCAAAAGUUACCUCUCAGCACCAAUUCUGAGGUUCUUACCCUUGGGACUCACACUUCAUGUUCAGGGCCAACCUGAACAACGUUGAGGAGUCUCAAGCGCCUUCACAUCAGUCCUUUGGCAACAGAGGAAGACUCUUGUCUUCAGAUAUAGGUCAUUGGACUGAGGUUGAGUUUGCUCCGGCAUUCACAGCCAGAGAAAGAGGGAUCUGGACAAGCUUCAUGGACUUAAACAAUCAAAGACUGUAAUGUAUAUUUUCUUUUACCCCCUUUGUGAAGAAUAAACCCAGUUUUUGAGUUAA